GCUAAUCAGUGCAUUAAAUGGUUACAACGCGAGCGCACGUCUUUCAUUUAUCACAGUGGCGACGUCCGGAUUUUUUUUAAGUACUCACGCGAUAUAGACGAUAAUAAUGAAUUCGACGAUCGGAAAUUUACCUGUUUUUGAAAUUGGAAACGACUGGAAGGUGUUUAAGGAAAGAUUAAGCAUCUGGCUCAGUGCAAACCAAAUAAUUAAAACAGAAACGGGGGUCGAUCGUCAACGCGCCGUGUUGCUAAGUGCACUCAACGAGUCCGCGUAUAAAUUGGUACGCGAACUAAUUUCACCGAAGACGCCGGAAGAGCUGUCUUAUGAAGAAAUUGUGAAAGAGGUGGACAAACAUUUACUGCCGAAAAAGUCGCUUUUUGCAGAAAGGCACAAUUUCCACAGGGCCAUUCAACAAGAGGACGAAGAUUUAACACAGUGGGCUGCAAGAGUUCGUCAGUUAGCAUCCGAUUGCAAAUUUGGUUCGUUAUUGGAUAGCAUGCUGCGUGAUCGGUUCGUAUUGGGCAUGCAGGCGGGACCCGUGCGGGACCGAUUGUUCACAGAAGAUGCAGAUACCCUCACGCUAGGACGAGCGCUAGAAAUCGCCGUAUCGUUGCAUAGCGCGAGGACCGCCGCGCGCCAGUCGGCCGCGCCUAGCAACAGCAAUAAGCUCACGGAGUCGGUCGAGGUGUUCAAAGUUUCAAAAGGAUCAUCGUCUAAUAGUGGUGUGGAAUGUGAAGUGUGCGGGUACAGUAAUCAUACGGUCGAUAAAUGUCGGUUCAAAGGUUACAAGUGCAAAAGCUGUGGCAAUAAAGGCCACCUAAAACGUAUGUGCAAGCGUAGGAAACGUGUAAACAUGCUGCAUUCUAUCGAUGAGAGUAACGAUGAUGAUGUAUUUGCAGGCUAAAUAUUAUAAGGGAAACCGAAAUGUAGAAUUUGAGAUUAACGAACAUGUACUUACAAAAAUGAUUAGUAAAAAUAAGUGGUUAAAAGGUAUUGUUAAAAAUAAGUUAGGCCGAUGUUUAUACGAAAUAUACUUACCGGAUAUGGAUCAACUUGUAAAGAAACAUAAGAAUCAGAUAUAUAAAUACAAAGGGUACACCGGAACCCCAACUAAUGGGUUGAACGAAGAUACGGAAGACAGAAGUUUCAAUUGGGCGAUGCUGCCUUUCCCUUCGGAUCAGAGAUUGGGAGGAGAGGAAGAAGAGGAGUGGAUGGAAGCCGAUUCCGAUCCGGUAGAAACCACCACGGCUGGGCAAAGCGGUCAAAACGUGCCAACGGCAGCACCGCAGAUGCCGCGCGUUUCAGACGCUGCGCACAUACAGUCAUCGUUGGGCACUACUGUUGCUCCAUCUCCGCUACCAUCACCAACCGUACCCAUCGCCCCGGCGGAACCACCGUCAUCGAACGUGCCAAUCGCGCAACAGGAGUCGACGUCUACGCGCCAGCCAGACGGCUCUGCCGAUGCCGCCGCGACAGCAGGCAGUGAGGGCGUUCGGAACGCUCGACUUAGGAAUAUACCUCGCGUUCAUUAUAAGUAGUAUUAAGGAUUUAUGGUGGAGGGAUGUUAGGUUAGUUCUAUUUGUCUCUUUCGCUCUUGUACCGAUAGGCUAAUCAGUGCAUUAAAUGGUUACAACGCGAG